GCUGCCCGUAGCGCCUGCCCAGUACACCAGCCAUGCUGGUGGCUUCCUUGCGAUCCACCGCCGAGAUGCUCAUCUGUGAAAGGGACAGAGAAAGGUUGUAAAUAUUCAUGAGCCAUUUGAGAACCAGUUUACAAUUUGCGCAUGUGUCGUGGGGGUCAUCAAUCAUUCAAGAGAUAAUGGAAACUAUUUUGGCGCUGGCGAAUAGAAAGCGAGGCGAAAAGAUUGAAAAGAAUAUGCGAACUCUCGUUCAAAAGUAACAGCAACAAGUAUUACCAAAAUAGCCCCCUGUGAUGCACCUGUCGCCUGGGCAACUGAAAGUGGUGCUCAUUCUGGCCCUGCUGCAGGAGCUGCAGGUGAAGCCUCAGAGGAAUGUAUUCCAGGAGCUCCUUGAGAAGGAUCUGCGACUGUGUCCUGCCUGUUUCCCUGACCAGCGUGAGCAUUGCGAAGAUUUCUUUCGUAAAAUUUCAGAGCCCUCGGAUUGGAGCCGACUGAUGAAAGCCGUCUCCCUGCUGUUUGAUAGACGAAUGGUUUACUUCGUGGAGCUCAAAGAGGAAGAUCAGGUAACCCAACUGGUGGCGAAACGAAAGCACAUUGAUCAAUGGAAAGUCAAUAGUAAAGACCUGGAAAAUGAAUUCCUUGAGCUAAAGGAGCGACUUGGUGGUUUCCACCUUUGCCGAACUUAUCCAAGGAAACCGCGUUUUGUUAGCUACUUGGAGCAGCGUGGACAUGCCUCCGCCAGUGUGUGGUUCUACAUGAUGCACUAUGUCAGUCCGCUGCUCAUGCAGGAAUUGUAUUCACUGGAUUUCCCUGUGCCGCGCACUUUUGCCUCCUGCGGUCUAACCCAUUUCCAGUCCUAUGCAGGACGUAGUUUAACGCAUUAUGUGCAAGCCGAAGAGGAUCUGCGCCUGAAGCUGGCCAUUCAGUUGCUUCAACUAGCCCUUAAGCUCACCGUUGGCUUCUCAGACUUUCGCAUCUACCUAACUGACUUCACGGCCGAUAAUUUGGCCUAUGACGAGGCCAGCAGAAAGGUGAUCGUCAUUGAUCUGGACUCCGUGGUGCUGGUGGAUGCCCAAUCCACCUUGGGACAGGUACAGAAAUACGAGCCCCUGCCUGGCGAGGGGUUUACCUUCGACGUUUCGGCACUCUGUUCUGGCCAGCAGUUGGAUGCGAACGUCUACCAGGCGUGCCUUCUGGUGCGGGAUGUCUUGCUUAAGAAUGUGGACAACAAGAGACUGCAGCUGCUAUUGGAGCAGUGUGUUUGGUGCCAAGAUGACCUCUGUGAUAUGCGCUUUCAAAAAGCCUACGACUUGAUCAAACUGCUGGACAGCUAGAAUUAGAGCCUAGGUUUGGAGAUCCACUGGUAGUUAAUCGUUUAUAAUCAUAAAACACAUCAAAUACACUCAAUUUACUGUCUAAA